AUGGAAGGAGGGAGCUUAGAGAAUGGGCCCCGGGUCAGGGAUGUGGGGAAGGGGGCAGGAGCCCGGGAGAAGGCACAGUGUGGGGAUGAUUCGGAGGCUAAGGCCAGGAUGGAUUCCCGCGCAGACUGCCGUGGUCGCUGUACCACUUGUCACGUGACAGUGACAAGCGCGCCCAACGUCUGCCCUCAGGAGCCUUUCUGGCUGACCCCAUCCCAGGAACUGACUGCGGCAGGAAGUGAGCCGCAGAUGCAUUCACAGACCUCACGCUUCCCUGUGGAGCUGGGCUCCGUGAGGGAUCCAGAUGCCCAGGUGGGCCGUCUGCAUCGCCUAGCUCUAGCUGGAGGCCCAUGCUGGGGCCUGGCCAGGCUCCUGCGCAGAGUUGUCCAGGUAGAUGGUGAGAACUCUGCUGGGCAGACGGGGCUCUUCCUGUCCGCACUACUGGGCCAUACUUCUAUUGUGCGUCUCCUACUGGCCUCUGGUGCCAACCCCAACCACCGCUGCCUCGAUGGCAGCACACCUAUGCAUGCAGGGGCCUUCUCGGGCCGAGGGUUGGUGUUGUGGCACCUGCUGCAGGCAGGAGGUGACCUGCGGCUGCAUGACCAGCAGGGUCGUACACCACGAGACUGGGCUGAGCAGGGUGAUGCCAAGCAGAGCUGGGAGGUGCUGGAGCUAUUACAAUGGUGUCGUACCCACAUGUCAGCCCUGGUGCAGAGCGGGGAGUUGGCGCCCACUGUGUCCCUGAGUCGGUUGCAAGCUCUCUCUGGACACAGCCUGUGUGGCUCCCUUCCCUCAUUAAGACUGGCGCAGGCAGACAGGGCACUGAGGCAAGGGUGGAUGAGGAGAUCCCCUCUAACCCCAGGCUUGGGGUUCGGCCAGCUGAACAGCCUGCAGCCACCGGCACUGAUGAUGGGCAUCCCACUGAUAGACCCCAAGGAGCUAGCGUCAACCCAGGGUGAGCCUGACCGCACCUACGAGAGCAGUUCUCAGACCCUCAUGGCCAACCUCCUGUGGAAGGGCCACCCCGUUACUGUACGGCAGCUGAAGACCCCUGAAACUCACCCCGAUGUGCUAUUGGCUGACCUUCAGCACUGCAGCAUCCUACACCACCCUGGCCUGCUGCUGCUGAUGGCACUGAGCCCCUCAGAGGACCUGUCCAGACUGAGCCUGCUCUUUGAGCCAGUGUGGCUGGGCUCCCUUUAUUUCCUACUGCACUCAGCAAGACCGGUUGCCGAGGGUUCCCAGGGCCUGCCGGGCCUGCGGCCAGGCUCUCUGCUGCUGCAGGUGGUGGAGGCCCUGUUGUUCCUGCAGUCCCGCUGCUGGGCCCAUGGUGGCCUCAGUUCCCAUGCUGUGCAGCUAGUGCGGCCAGGCCUGGCCAAGGUUAGCCACCUAGAACACGGGCGUCCACUGAACCAGCCUAGGCUGCAGUCCAGGCUGCCACAGGAUUACCCCCAGGGAGACCCAGGUCCAGGGCUUCCCCCACCCCCUGAACUGUACCCAUGGCUGCCACUUGAACUGAUCCGUGGUGACAUGCCAGCCACUACCUCAGAUCUCUACAGCUUCUGCAUCCUGACCCAGGAGGUCUUCACUGGAGAGCUGCCGUGGGCUGGGGGAGAGGGGCCUGAGGUGAAGGCCAAGCUGGAAGCAGGAGAGAGCCCGGCACUGGACACCUUGCUGCCAGCCCCCUACCAGGCCUUGGUUCAAGCUGGCCUGGGCCUAGAGCCUGCUGACCGCUGGGGCAGCUUGCAGAGCACUCGGUACCUAUUGCGAAAGGCCAUGGCCAAGGAAUCAGCACCCAAGGUCAGCUCCCCAGUAGAGUGGACAACACCGUCUCCUGUAACCCUGAGUUCCCUGCCAGAGCAUCUGUACCGUGAAGUGACUCCCAGGGCCAAGGCCAGAUCAGGGCUCGUGCUCCCUUUCCCAGACCCUUCCCAGGCCCUGGAGACUCCCGAGGUCACAGAUGACAGGAGUGUCCAGCAGAAUGCAGCCUGGGACUCGGGCAGUAGCUUGACUCUAGGCAGCAGCCUCAGUCCCAGCCCCAGUCUUCCUCUAGGCCCCAGCUCUGGCGUGGAGCCCAGCCCCAGCCCCAGCCCCAGCCUGCACAGUUGCCUGGAGCCCACCUCAACAAAGCCUGAGAGUGAGGCUAGUGAGCUGACGGAAGGCACUCUCUUGGACAGCCUACAGGAGAUGGAUCUGUUGGAGGAGAUCAUGGCAGAGCUGCAGAAUAAGUGCCACCUUGAAGACACACCCAGGCUGAGCCCCACUCUUAGCCCAGACUCGUAGGGUGCCACAGCUCUCCCUUGAGUCAUUACCCUACCCCUUCCCAGGACUGACCCCAUCCCUCAGUGUCUGCCUCAAAGCAAAGAAAGUGGUAAGGCCCCCCCA